CUCCUUACCACCACCCAAUAGUCGACAUAUCCCCGCGAGGUGCAAGUCGCUGGAGAAAGAUGUCACUCAACCCCAAGCAGGCGCACUACGAGCAGCAGCUGGUCGCUGCUCUGUGUCGGGGCGCAUGGGCGGACCUCGAGCCCGGCAAGUCGCCCAAGGCGGUCUGGCUCACGUGGAACGAGCUGUUGAGGAAAUACAAAAAACAUAAUCCGGAUUCGACGUUGGCUACGGUUGCGGUGCAGACUCAGGCUCUGUCACUCCUCAUCGCUCGGCAUCACCCUGAUCCCCCGGCUGAACUGUUGGAGAAUAUCCCUACUUCCAUCGGACGCAAACAGCUUGAUAUGGACGGUGACUUGGAAGGUAUCACUGGCAGCCUUGACGUGGGUAGGGAGUGUAAGCUCGACCCUUCGAGCAAGCAGGAAACAGACGGGAACGUAGAAGAACUCCGUGGUUCAGCUGAAAAGUCCCAAGGAACCGAGUCAGUCAAGAUGGUCGAGGUUUUUUAUGCCUAUGCACGAGGGGAAUUUGACCGCUGCCUAGAGCUCAUAGGCAUGAUCAACCUUGAUAACCCUGUUCCGCCGGAACGCAGUCAGACGCGCACUUCGGGCGGAAGCAGGAGCCACCAUGGUGUCAAGCUGACACUGACGGAGCGUAUAGAGUCCAUCACUCAUGUAAGCAGCGCGGGCAACCUUUCCCCCCCCGGAUCUAUACUUGCUCGCCGAGCACUUGUAGACCCGAAAAGGGCUUGGUGGAUCGUCGAGCGCAUACGUACAAGAUGCCUAGAAGGGAUGGCCUGCGAGGAACUGAAGAACGUUUCUACUGCGCUGAGAGCUUAUGAGGCUGGUAUCAGCCUACUGGAAGAUUUGGGUUUCAGAAAACCCGACAAUGCGGCGCAGAAGAAUGAGGCGUUCUCGCAGUACCGCGAGCUUUGGCGGUGGGCAGAGAGACUCCUCUGGCGAGCGUCUGUCGUCUCUUCACGGACAAGUUCGAUGUCCCACUCCUUGCAAAUCUUGCGCUCGUAUCAUUUGUGUAGCCAAUGGUGGGGAGCCGCCUUUCGUCCAUUCCACCGUUCUCCAGCCUACUCGCUCUUCAUCCGCGCUCUAUGCUUUUCCGCACCCCUCGACACUCAAUCCAACACAAUACGAUCCUCAGCAAAACAGUCCCUUUCUGCCUGGAUGGCGGAGGCGAAGGAGGCGCUGCUCGAGUACAGGAACAUCCUUCAGGCUACGACGGUGUUCCCCAGGGCGGGGCAAGUGAACACCAAGGUGGUCGAUUUUGCCGAUCUGUGUAUGGCGGUAUGGGAGGGAGGAGGAGAAAGCGAGGACGAGGCACCGUGGAUAAGUGAUCUCAUGUGGUGGGGCACUACGCUCACUUUCCACUCCCAUCGAAUCCUGCGUCACCUUACUCGGCUGCUCGUCUCCACCGGCGACAUCGACGAAGCGAAGCGAGUCUUCCGCCUCUACGUGCAGCUCGUGACCAAAGCCCGCGAGACCUCAGCAGGUGAUGUCUCCCUCCAGCUGAAACGGCGGCCUACCGCAGAGGAAGCCGCAGCGCCGGAGGAAAUCGCCCUAGAGGAAGGGGAGAUGGAAGAGCUCGGCGCAGGGAGCGACUCGGACGGCGAUCGGACGUUUGUCGCUGCUCUUGUCUUCGGAAUACGGAUGUUGAGCCGGUGGGCGAAGAGCGAAGAUGAUGCAAAGGAGGCGUGGAAGAUGGCCCAGCUGGGGGAGGGUAUAUUAGGAGAGUUGGGCAGCCCGCGGGAUAGGAGGUUGCAGGCUAGGCUGAAGGCAGCGGCGGGAAUAACGAGGAACGUACAGGCUGCUACUGAGAUGGAGCCCGAGACACGGCCGGCGCAUCAGGCUGCGGCCCAGGAGCUGCUUACCACCUCUCUUAAGCUAGAAGCAACCGCAGACACGCUAUACCACCUCGCCUAUCUACAAGCCGAGCUGCGCGAUAUCGACGCUGCAGUUCUUACGGCGAAGCAAGCGGUGGAAAAAGACCAUCGCGAGAUCCGGGCGUGGCAUCUGCUCAGUCUACUGCUUACCGCUCAGGGGGAUUCUAAUGGUGCUCUGGCGGUGAUCAAGCUUGGCCUGGAGGAGGUAGCCACGCAGCAGGAACUUGAAUUGAUAAAAGACGUCGCGUUGAACCCUGCCUCGCCGCAAGCAGAGGGUAUCAGCUCUCGAGACUUCGCAGGCAACGAUACAAAGAGUAGGCUUUCCCCUACUGUUACCGGGCUGCCCGAAACAGGUGAUCGUCUUGCUGUGGUGCAAUCCCCUGGACAGUCGCUCUUGGACUCAGAUUCGGUCCCGCGUGGGUAUACGAUGCUCAAGCCCUUGAUCGACCGGAAGCCUUCGAAAACGGAACGGUUCGAAUGCGCGCUCCAGCUGUUGAUUACGAGGAACACUAUUGUGGAGCUCCUGGAGGGUCCAGAUAGUGCGAACUCUAAUUGGGUGGAUAUCUUUGCGUAUUUCUCGGAACAAUGCCCUAUACCCUUGGAUCGAACGCAGUCAAGGCGCCAUUCUCUGGAUUCUGUGCCGACUCCUCUGCCAUUAGCGCUUUCUGAACCUAUCCGGACAGUAGAGACACUCUCCACCGUCCAGGAAGUAUCUGCGAUGCAAGUUCCUGAGGUGAUCACACACGAACCCUCCGAGCCACCCCCAGAACAGUCCAAUGGAAAUACGCCUCGCCCCUCAAGCGAACAAGCGAAGUUCUUACAGCCGAAACCGUUCCCUCUGAAGGUAAAUCAUCGGCAGCGUCGUGAUGGCCGGGACGAGAAACGAGUCAACCUGGAUGAACUGCGUAUGAAGUCGCAGAAGUUGCUUCAAGGCGGUCAGAAACAGCUUCAAACCCUCUCGAGGAAAAUCAUACAUCGUGAUGGGCAGGGGCACAGAAUCCCUCGGUCAAGAUCCGUUCCAGAUUUCAACAAGCCGCCACCGUCCGCGUCUGUUUACCAGGCUUCGUCUAUCCAUUCUCGAGUCCGGCGGUACCCAUCACCUGGCUCUAUGCGAGGAUCUGUGCAUGGUUCUAUGCGGGGCACGAUAUCUCCAGGAAGGCUAGAACCACCGUCGCCUUCACUCGUCCCUUCAGAACCAUCUGGGCAUCCUGGUCGGACGCAGCACGAGACGCGGAUCCUGUCAGAGUUAUGGCUGAUGUCCGCUGCGACGUUCCGCCGAAUGGGGCAGAUCGAGCAGGCGCAUGGGGCGAUCCAGGAGGCGGAGGUGAUAGAUCCUGAGAACCCGAAUGUCUGGGUUCAGCUGGGUCUCUACUUCGCGGCCGUGGAAAACACACGGCUGGCCAUCGAAUCCUUCCAUAAAGCGUUGGUCAUAGACCCUGACCAUGUUCCGGCCUCUGUUCACCUAGCCCAACAAUACCUCGGGAUCAACAGCGCUGACCUUGCCUCGGGUCUGCUCAUGGCUAUUACCCAAGGCUCGGGUUGGGACGUCGCCGAAGCCUGGUAUUUCCUGGCCAAGGCAUGCGAAAAACUGGGUAGGAGGGAAAGAGAACGGGAGUGCUUGGUAUAUGCGCUCAGGCUCGAGGAGAGCAAGCCGAUUCGACCACUGGGAACGACAGUACCGCGUUGCCUGUAGUCGAUGCAGGUUAGACAGAUACCCAAUGAUAAUUCUGAUACCGGACAAUUAUGCUACAUCUAAUGCUACAAUGCGUAUGACAGU